UUUCAAAAGGUUUUUCUUCUAUAAUCAUGGCAAAACCUUAUGAAUUUAACUGGCAGAAGCCAGUUCCCUCUUUUCUGCAAGAUGGAGCUGUGUUUGAUAGAUACGAAGAGGAAUCUUUUGUCUUUGAAAGCAACUGUCUCUUCCAAGUGGAUGAAUUUGGAUUUUUUCUGAGCUGGAAAAGUGAAGGAAAGGAGGGCCAGGUGUUGGAGUGCUCCCUGAUCAACAGUGUUCGCUUUGGAGCUGUACCAAAGGAUCCCAAAAUACUGACUGCACUCGAGGCUGUUGGAAAAUCAGAAAACGAGCUGGAAGGACGGAUAGUGUGUGUUUGCAGUGGCACAGACCUGGUGAACAUCAGCUUCACUUUCAUGGUAGCAGAAACCACAGAAAUAGCCAAGCAAUGGGUAGAAGGGCUUGGAUCCAUCAUACAUAACUUCAGAGCUAACAAUGUCAGUCCAAUGACGUGUCUCAAGAAACACUGGAUGAAGCUGGCCUUUCUAACAAACACAAAUGGGAAAAUUCCAGUUCGGAGCAUAACCAGAACCUUUGCAUCAGGUAAAACGGAAAAAGUGAUCUUUCAGGCACUGAAGGAAUUGGGGCUUCCCAGCGGAAAGAAUGAUGAAAUUGAGCCUGCAGCUUUUACUUAUGAGAAAUUUUAUGAGCUUACCCAAAAGAUAUGUCCCCGAACUGACAUAGAGGACCUCUUUAAGAAGAUCAAUGGAGACAAAACUGAUUAUUUAACGGUAGACCAAUUAGUGAGCUUUCUAAAUGAACAUCAGCGAGAUCCUCGGCUCAAUGAAAUUUUGUUUCCCUUCUAUGACACGAAAAGAGCUAUGCAGAUAAUUGAGACAUACGAGCCAGAUGAAGACUUGAAGAGGAAAGGUGUCAUCUCCAGUGAUGGCUUCUGCAGGUACCUGAUGUCAGAUGAGAAUGCCCCCGUGUUCCUGGACCGCUUGGAGCUGUACCAGGAGAUGGACCAUCCUCUGGCUCACUACUUCAUCAGCUCCUCCCACAAUACCUAUCUAACAGGCAGGCAGUUUGGGGGCAAGUCUUCAGUGGAGAUGUACAGACAAGUGCUUUUGGCUGGAUGCAGGUGUGUAGAGCUGGACUGUUGGGAUGGCAAAGGUGAAGACCAGGAGCCCAUAAUAACCCAUGGGAAAGCAAUGUGCACAGACAUCCUUUUCAAGCUUGAACAAGGUAAAGCCCUGCCAUCUCCCAAUGACCUCAAAAGAAAGAUUCUCAUAAAGAAUAAAAGGCUGAAACCUGAAGUAGAAAAGAAACAGCUUGAUGCUCUGAAGAAGAUGAUGGAGGCUGGGGAAACUGCUGCUCCUGUAAAUAUCCUGGAGGAUGAUAAUGAAGAGGAAAUAGAAAGUGCUGACCAGGAGGAGGAAGCUCAUCCUGAGUACAAGUUUGGAAGUGACCUUGUAGAUGAUUACAGUCAAAAAGAAGCUGUUGCCAUCAGUGUCAAAAAGGCUGUUGAAGAUUCUGAGCAAGAAAACAAUAAAAAGGGUUUAGUAACUGUGGAAGAUGAACAAGCGUGGAUGGCAUCUUACAAAUAUGUAGGUGCCACAACCAAUAUACAUCCAUAUUUAUCAACAAUGGUCAACUAUGCUCAGCCUGUAAAAUUUCAAGGUUUCGAUGUAGCAGAAGAACGUAAUAUUCACCAUAACAUGUCCUCCUUCAACGAGUCUGUCGGGCUGGGCUAUUUGAAGACUCAUGCCAUUGAGUUUGUGAACUACAACAAGCGGCAGAUGAGUCGGAUUUACCCCAAGGGGGGCCGUGUGGACUCCAGUAAUUACAUGCCGCAGAUUUUCUGGAACGCUGGCUGCCAGAUGGUCUCACUGAACUAUCAGACCCCAGAUCUAGCAAUGCAGUUGAAUCAAGGGAAGUUUGAGUACAAUGGAUCGUGCGGGUACCUACUAAAGCCAGAUUUCAUGCGGCGACCAGACCGGACGUUCGACCCGUUCUCCGAAACUCCUGUGGAUGGUGUUAUUGCUGCAACGUGCUCUGUGCAGGUGAUCUCUGGGCAGUUCCUGUCAGACAAGAAGAUCGGCACCUACGUGGAGGUGGACAUGUACGGGCUGCCCACGGACACCAUCCGCAAGGAGUUCCGCACGCGCAUGGUGAUGAACAACGGCCUGAACCCCGUGUACAACGAGGAGUCCUUUGUCUUCAGGAAGGUUAUCCUGCCUGACCUUGCUGUGCUGAGGAUAGCCGUGUAUGAUGACAACAACAAGCUGAUUGGGCAGAGGAUCCUGCCUCUGGAUGGGCUGCAGGCAGGUUACAGACACAUCUCCCUGCGCAACGAGGGCAACAAGCCCCUCUCCCUUCCCACCGUGUUCUGCAACAUUGUGCUCAAAACCUACGUGCCUGAUGGCUUUGGAGAUAUUGUGGAUGCUUUAUCAGAUCCAAAGAAAUUUUUGUCAAUCACAGAAAAAAGAGCAGACCAAAUGAGAGCUAUGGGCAUUGAAACUAGUGACAUAGCUGAUGUACCAAAUGACACUUCCAAGAACGACAGGAAGGGCAAGGCCAACAAUCCCAAAGCCACUGUGACUCCUCAGAGCAGCUCUGAGCUCCGGCCCAGCACCACCGCAGGCCUGGGCUCUGGCACCGACGCCAAGAAAGGUAUAGACCUUAUUCCUCAAGUGAAGAUAGAAGAUUUAAAGCAAAUGAAGGCUUAUAUAAAGCAUUUAAAGAAACAGCAGAAGGAGCUGAAUGCCUUAAAGAAGAAGCAUGCCAAGGAGCACAGUGCCAUGCAGAAGCUGCACUGCACACAGAUUGACAAAAUAGUGGCCCAGUAUGACAAGGAAAAGGUGUCAUAUGAGAAAAUGCUGGAGAAGGCAAUCAAGAAGAAGGGAGGAAGUAAUUGCGUUGAAUUGAAGAAAGAAACGGAAAUUAAAAUUCAGACACUAACUUCAGAUCACAAAUCUAAGGUCAAAGAGAUCGUGGCUCAGCACACCAAGGAGUGGUCCGAGAUGAUCAACACGCACAGCGCCGAGGAGCAGGAAAUCCGCGACUUGCACUUGAACCAGCAGUGCGAACUGCUGAAGAAACUGCUCAUUAACGCUCACGAACAGCAAACCCAGCAGCUGAAAUUCUCCCAUGACAGGGAAAGCAAGGAGAUGCGUGCCAACCAGGCCAAAAUAUCCAUGGAGAACAGCAAAGCCAUCAGCCAAGACAAAUCCAUCAAAAACAAAGCUGAGAGGGAGAGGCGAGUCAGAGAACUGAACAGCAGCAACACAAAAAAGUUCCUGGAAGAGAGAAAAAGGCUGGCAAUGAAGCAGUCAAAGGAAAUGGAUCAGCUGAAAAAAGUUCAACUUGAGCACUUAGAAGUCUUGGAGAAGCAGAAUGAGCAGCUUUUGAAAUCCUGUCAUGCAGUGUCUCAAACACAAGGCAAAGGAGAUGCAGCAGAUGGUGAAGCUGGAAGCAGAGAUGGAUCGCAGGCCAGCAACAGUGGUUUAAAGCCUCAACAAGCAAAUUGAAGUUGGAGAGCACAGCAUCCUUAAAAUGAGAGCAAAAUUCAGAAUAACAUUGCUGAGGUUGAAGAGUGGGCUUUUGGUUUGUUAUGUUUUUGGCAGGGGUUUGUUUUGGGUUUUUGUUCUUAAUAUGGCAAGGGUAGCUACGGACCACCAAGUCUUAAGGUUUGCAUUGUUUCUUUUUUAACACUGGGCACUGAAUUUCCUUCGUGGGGUUUCCAUAAGAAUUUCCUUUGUUCAGAAAAACCCCGACCUGAAGAUGAAGAGAGCUUUUUAAACCCCAUCCUGUUUUCCUUUCUGUAUCUCACCAGGCACCUUGCCUGCAUCAGAAUCCCAGGAUCAGAGCCUCAAAACCCGGGAGUUACCUUUAACAUCAUCUCAGAUGGCAGCAAAGCUGUAGCUCGAGUGGUGUAAUUUCCCAUUUGUGUUCUCUUGUGUGCUGUGCUGUGCAGAAGCCCCGCGCUGCCAGACCCCGCCAGGCCACACCUUGUCAGGUGCUCCACACUGAUGUUCCCUGAGCCCACUGAACGGGACCUUAUGCCAAGGAAUAAUUAGGACAGUAAGGAGUUGAGUUUGAUUUGAAAUGAUAUUUAAAUGGGUUUUUUUCAGGCAGCAGGCAGUGGAAAGGUAACUGAGUAUGUUCAAAAGUACAGCGUGUACAAAGUCAUCGGCCAAAUUCAUGGGCUGCAGCAGUAACUUGACAGGGUAUUUCUGCAGCCUAACGAUGUCAUUCACAAGUGCCAUAUCAACUCUAGCAAUUCUGAGGGGAGCCAGUAUCCUGUAGAAGUCACUGCAGCGGAUAACCUGAGGGAAAUACAGUGUAUUCGUGCCAAAACUGAUCAGUGCUCUAAGGAAUUACGUAUUAGGCACUUUAAGAAAAGUUUACAUCCCACAUUGCUUGUAUAGAAAUUGCAUUUUGAUCCUGUUGUUGCAGAUCCCGGAUACUACAGUUCAUUGUAACUUAAAAAAUUGUUUAAAUGGCUUUUGGCAAAAAAGUUUGUAACUGUGAAAAUGUAAAAAGUAUUUAUACACUUGGGAAACACAACAUUGUAGAAAAUCACAUACAUGUUGCUACGUGAUAAAAUUAGUCAACAGAAAUGCUAAGAGUAUGUUUGCAUGUGAUACAAAUGCUACUAAGGCUGUCAUGCCUACUAUAUGACCACAGUCAUGCUACUAGCUGGUAAAUAAUGAGUAAAUGUAUGGCACAGAAUAUUGUUUGAUUAAUUACAAAGACUUUUAGCAUUACAAGGUCUCUAUAUAUAUGUGUGUAUAUUAAUUACGUGGGCAUUCUUGAUACUUGUAGUAAAAGAGAAGUACAUAACUAAUUUAAUUUUACACAGAAGUAUUUAUGCAGAUUUUCAGAAUUUCAUAUCAGGAAUAACCUUUUUAUGUCCAUUAGAUAUAAAAACGAUUUGCUAAUGUGUUAAUUUGCAUGUUUCCAGAGCUUGCUGUAGUUAUAUUGCAAAACAAUGCAUGUAAGCAUUCGGCUUGGAAAUUGUCCAUGCUGCCAAUUCAAAGAUGACUGCAUGGAAAACUGGUAGUUUAGAACAAAUCAGAUUUCUGAUUUCAAUGUACUAAGCACCAAUUACUUUGUUGUAUAUGCUUGUACAAACAAAUUCUACAUAUUCCUAUAAACAAAAUAAAUGAAGAGAGAUAAUUAUGUUAUUGUCAGCCCUGAGAUGAAACUUUCAACUUCUCUAAUAAAAACCUUAAAAAUGCAAA